GAAAAAGAAAAAGAGAAACAAAAAAAGAAAGUAAAAGCUGCUUCUAUUCUCAUUUCAUUCCCAUUCCCACACCACCCUGACUAUAUAACAUUUUUUCUUUUCCUCUCAACACUUCUCUUCUUCUCACUUUCUCUCACUCUCUCUCUUCCUUUACCAAAGCAAAACAAAUCCCUAAUAUAACAACAAACAUUCUCCAAUGGCAUCAUCAUCAUCAAAGCCAGUUUCUCUGCUAUUAUCAUUGUUAACCAUUGUUGUAAUGCUAACAAUGAAUGUGAAGGGUCAAGGAGUUAGUAGUACUAGUAGUAGUGCAAGUUGGUGUGUGGUGAGAAGUGAUGCAAGCUACAAUGUACUACAAACAGCAUUGGAUUAUGCAUGUGGAGCAGGUGCUGAUUGUCUCUCUCUUCAACCAGAUGGACUGUGUUUUCUUCCUAACACCAUUCAAGCUCAUGCUUCUUAUGCAUUCAAUAGUUACUAUCAGAAAAGAGCCAGAGCUCCUGGUUCUUGUGACUUUUCUGGAACCGCCACCAUUGCUCAAACAGAUCCAAGUUAUGGAUCUUGUGUGUACCCUUCUUCAACAAGUGGUGCUGGAGGAUCAAACACACCAACCUCAUCAACUUCAAUAACAAACUCAAACAUGUCAUCACCUACAUUUCCAUCACCAACCUUUGGUGGCUUAUCUCCCGAAAUGAACGCUCCAUUCAUUGACAAUUCCAAAGCACCUUCAAAGGAACAACAUGUCACAUGGUUUUUACUUUUCUUUUUCUCACUUCUCAUUCUCUCCAUUAUCUCUUAGCAUGUGCAUGAUCUUGAGGAGGCUAAUUACAAUUUUGUCACAAAGUGAAAGGGAUCUCCUUUUGUUGUUUAUAACAUUGCUUAAUGCAAAUAAGGUUAUGAACAAGUUAAACAUGGAUGGAUAUAUGGCUAUCUAGGGAAAUGCACAUCUAGGAGGGUUGUAGCAAUGGCCUUUAAUGAUCAUGAUUAGAAUCUUGAUUUUUAGGGUUCACAUUUAAUUCAAUAGCUCAAUUUAUAUGUAAAACAGCUUAUAAAUAAUUUUAUUUAAUUUAGUUUCA